ACCGACGUGGUGCUGCGGGCGGGGAACCAGGCCUUCCACUGCCACCGGGCCGUCCUGGCCUCCUGCAGCCGCUACUUCGAGGCCAUGUUCAGCGGUGGCCUGAAGGAGAGCAGAGACGCCGAAGUCAACUUCCACGACUCCCUCCACCCCGAGGUGCUGGAGCUGCUGCUGGACUACGCCUACUCGGCCCGGGUGCUGAUAAACGAGGAGAACGCGGAGUCCUUGCUGGAGGCCGGGGACAUGUUGCAGUUUCAGGAUAUUCGGGAUGCUUCGGCUGACUUUCUGGAGAAGAAUCUCUACCCUGGGAAUUGCUUGAACAUGCUGCUGCUGUCCGAUGCCCACUGCUGCGAGCGGCUGCUGGAGCUGUCCUGGAGGAUGGCGUUGGCCAACUUCACCUCGCUCUGCAAGACUGAAGACUUCCUCCGACUGCCCAAAGACAAGCUGCUGGAGCUGGUGGAGAGCGAAGAGCUGGAGGUAGAGGAUGAGACGCUGGUCUACGAAGCUGUUAUCGGUUGGAUCCGGUACGAUUUGCCCCGACGCCACGAAGUUCUGCCAGAGCUGCUGCGCUCCGUCCGCCUGGCCCUUCUGCCCGAGUCCUACCUGCGGAAGCAAGUGGCUGGUGAGAAGCUGGUGCCCAGCCACAAGCUGGGGGAGGAGAUCGUGGCCGAUGCCGUGCGAUGCAAAAUGAAGAUCCUGCAAAACGAUGGCCUUGUGACAGGGUGCUGUGCCCGACCCCGCAAGGUCAGCCAGGCCCUGCUGCUGCUCGGUGGCCAGACCUUCAUGUGUGACAAGAUUUAUAUGCUGGAUCAUAAAACCAGCGAGAUCAUCCCUCGUGCCGACAUCCCAAGCCCUCGUAAAGAGUGCAGCGCUUGCGCCAUUGGGUGCAAAGUGUACAUCACUGGCGGCAAAGGCUCCGAGAACGGCGCUUCCAAAGACGUCUGGGUUUACGACACCCUCCACGACGAGUGGGCAAAAGCUGCUCCCAUGCUGGUGGCACGGUUUGGCCACGGCUCCGCUGAGCUGGACCACUGUCUGUACGUGGUGGGGGGUCACACAGCAGUGAGCGGUGCCUUCCCGGCCUCUCCCUCCGUCUCUCUCAAGCAAGUCGAACACUACGACCCGCAGCUGGACAAAUGGUCCUUGGUGGCCCCUCUCCGAGAAGGCGUAAGCAAUGCUGCUGUGGUGGGAGCCAAGAUGAAGCUGUUUGUUUUCGGUGGCACCAGCACCAACCAGGAGAAGCUGCCCAAGGUGCAAUGCUUUGACCCCUGCCAGAACCGCUGGACGGUGCCUGCCAGCUGCCCCCAGCCCUGGCGGUACACGGCUGCCGCUGUGGUGGGCAGCCACAUCAUUGUCAUUGGGGGGGACACGGAGGUUUCCGCCAGCUCCGCUUACCGCUUCCACAGCGACACCUACCAGUGGUCCAAAUUUGGGGAUGUCACCGCUAAGCGCAUCAGCUGCCGUGCUGUUACGUCGGGUAACAGACUGUACGUGGUGGGGGGCUACUGCGGGGCUCAGCGCUGCAAAACGCUGGACUGUUACGACCCAUCAUCAGACACCUGGAGCAGUGUCACGACAGUGCCUUAUUCCCUCAUCCCCACCGCCUUUGUCAGCACCUGGAAGUACCUGUCUGCCUGAGUCACCGUGUGGCAAAGAACCUGGAAGGUAAAUGGUUGCGGAUCCACCCAGAGCUCCUCUGUAUAACUUUGCGCUGCUCAAGGGUUAAACUCCGAGGGGCAGAUGCACGUGGAUCUGGACUGGAGUUGUCCUAGAGAACAGCCUUGUGCGAGCAGCAGCUCCAGAAACACGCUGGUGGUUUGGGAUCUAAAACCCUGCAGGGGCAAGAAAGUCUCUUUAGGUGCUGAAAUGCUGUGGGGAGAAGAUUAGUAUAAAUAACAAGACACUUAACCUGGCAUCCCAGCCCUUCCCCUGAGUCUUGGCCUAUGCAAAGAUUUUGGGGAAUGCUCUCCGAGAGGAGGAUUGGGUGUCAUCCCUGGUACAGAAAGCUCGUAGAGUCGAUGGUUGUGUUAACAGGCAGCCUGGCUGCAGGAGCUGGGAUAGACCGCGCGGUGCCAUGGGGGGGCUGGCUGCUGCUUUUAGCACAGCCGCCUCCUCCUGGUGCCAGGGUUAAUCUGCGAGUGGCACCCAAAUGUCUUGUGAGGGCUGUGAGCUGGUGCCAGAACAAGAUUAUAGCUGGGAUUUAGUCCCAGAAUGGUUGGUAACUGCAUUUGUAAGACAAGCCCUGUCUACAUAUAAACACAGGGUUUCUCUGCUUCUAAUUAUUCUCUGGUGUCCCUUUCAUGCCAUUUCUUUUUCUGCUACACAGCGAUUAACUUCUUAAAAGUUUGCAACUGGAAUGAAACCUUUUUAAAGGCUCUUGGCAGAAAAGAUGCCAGUGAAUCACAGAUCCCUG